AAACUUCUGUCAGCUGUCACCCGUCGCGUCUCGAUUUCUGUUUCUGCAUCUGCUUUGUUUCAUUAUUUUGUACUCCACUCCAAAGAGUACCUAGGUUAGGUAAAGUAGGUAAUAUUUAUGAAGUACUUUGUGCUUUGAGUGCAGGCUGCAUUGUCCUUUGUUUUGUCUUAGCUUAGCUAGCUAGCUACUACAAAUCAUAUUCUCAGCUAGACCUAGCAGAUGUCAUUGAAGUAAAGGGAAAUAUACAAAGAAAUGUAGUUCAUUCAUUCCAGUAUUAUUAAUAAACUUUGAAUUUCUCCUGUGCGUGCACUAAUUUUUCAACUACAAUCAUACUUGUGAAUACAACAACUACAGCAUAAGCAGAACAAUGUCGAGUUCUAAAAAAUAUGGACUCAUUCUACCUGAAAAAUCUCAAUCUCAGGUUAAGCAGCCUGUGUUCCAGUCCACUCGUAAUGUAUUUGGUAAUGAUUCUGAAUCUGAUGACGAAACUAAUAAGAAACCAGUUUUGCUGCGACCAAAUGUUAAUAUUAACAGACAAAUGAAGAAAGCUCAACAAAAUGCUUUAAUUGAAGACCCAACUGUAUACCAAUAUGAUGAAAUAUAUGAUGACAUGAUAAAUAAAAAAAUAGAAAAAACAGAAAAAAAGACCGAAGAUAAAAGGCCACGUUACAUUGAGAAUUUGAUGAAAUCGGCAAAUAAGAGGAAGAUAGAAAAUGAGCGGCGUAUUGAACGUCAGAUUCAGAAGGAACGCGAAAAGGAAGGUGAUGAAUAUGCUGACAAAGAGGUCUUUGUCACUUCUGCAUAUAAGAAGAAAUUGGAGGAACUCAUGUUGGAAGAGGAAAAAGAAAAAAGAGAAGAAUAUUUAGAAAGUAUAGGAGAUGUCACAAAGCAAAGAGAUUUGAGUGGAUUUUAUCGUCAUUUGUAUGAACAAAAGAUGGGAUCUGACGAGAAUACUGACAAAGGUAAUUUAUCAGAAAAGAACUUAGAAGAUUACAACAUUAAAAACAAGAACGAGACAAAGAAUGCAUCAAAAGUUAAAGAAAAGCAACACAAAAAUCAAAGUGAGACCAAGAAAAGAAACUACAGAAAACGAAAGACCUCUGAAGAUAUCAAUAAACAUUUAUCAGAUGGUGAAAUAGACGAUUCAGGAGAUGAAAUCAAUCGAAUGAAUCUUGAUGAUAUUCGUUCAAAAAAAAUGAAGAAACCUGAAGAAAACAUUGAUGCAGAUUCUGACUUUUCCAUUGAUGAAUCAAGUGACGACAACGAAGACGUUUCUAAGAAAAAAGUGAAUAAAGAUGAAAUUACUCCAAAAAUUCCUAAUGAUGAUGUAAAGAAAACAAAGGCUUCUAAAGAAAACAAAAACAUAGCAAGCAAAGAUUUAAAGCAAACUGAACCUGCAACUGAAAAGAAACCUAAGAUUGACAUCUGGAAAAAGAGAACUGUAGGCGAGGUGUUUGUUCAAGCUUUGAAAAGAUAUUAUGAGCGAAAAGCUGCUCGAGCUGUUUAGGUUAAUACGAGGGCUGCUAUUUAUGUAUCCGGAAUAACAAAAUUAAACAAACAUAUAUUAUUA